UCGAUGUGCUGCCCCCCCUUCGGCACGGCUGCCUGUUCCGCGAACACUAUCCAUUUAUGCGUGCGUGUGAGUUUGACACAGUGAUCGAUUGCUACCGGCAUUGUAAGCAGUAUCUGCAAGAACCAAUACCGUCACGUUACGAAGCGGCCCUGAUGCGCGAUCUCAAGCGAGAUAUCCUCAAGCUGAUGGAUGCGGAACUGGUGCGCGAAGUAUUGUUUGACGUGGGGGAAGAGCAGCAGCAACGGCUUGCAGGCGAUGAUUCUGCGGAUUCAGCGAAACAGGAAAUUUCCGACCAUGAGCGAGAAAUGAGUAAGGCUGCCGAUCUGCUGCAGGUUCUGUUCUCGGAGGGUCUUGAUGCGCUGAUUCAGUGCCCGGAAGCUAAGCAUCUGAUCUUCGGCGUGGAUGAAUAUGCAGCAGCUGAACCGGCCGAACAAAUGCCGCCUGGUGAAACAACGAACGUUACCUCGAAUGUGAGCGUUGAGCCGCUCGAUGUGCUUACCCUUCCUCAGAAUCCGGAAUUUUUUUGCAACGAGGCAGCAGUUGCACAGCCGGACGUACCCGGCAACCCGGAGCAGAACUUAAUUCCGUACGUACCAACCAUGACAUCGCCGGCUGAAACCGCGUCUACUUUCUCUCCAGGGGAACAAUAUCCGGUCCAGCCACAGUUCCAGGGGCUGCCCCAACCUAUGAUGGCGGUUGAGCAAUAUCCGGUCCAGCCACAGUUCCAGGGGCUGCCCCAGGUUCCCCCUAUGAUGUCGGUUGAGCAAUAUCCGGUCCAGGCACAGUUCCAGGAGAUGUCCCAACCUAUGAUGGCGGUUGAGCAAUAUCCGGCCCAGCCACAGUUCCAGGAGCUGCCCCAGGUUCCACCUAUGAUGCCGGUUGAGCAAUAUCCGACCCAGCCACAGUUCCAGGAGCUGCCCCAGGUUCCCCCUAUGAUGUCGGUUGAGCAAUAUCCGGUCCAGGCACAGUUCCAGGAGAUGCCCCAACCUAUGAUGCCGGUUGAGCAAUAUCCGGCCCAGCCACAGUUCCAGGAGCUGCCCCAGGUUCCACCUAUGAUGCCGGUUGAGCAAUAUCCGGCCCAGGCACAGUUCCAGGAGCUGCCCCAGGUUCCCCCUAUGAUGCCGGUUGAGCAAUAUCCAGCCCAGCCACAGUUCCAGGGGCUGCCCCAACCUAUGAUGGCGGUUGAGCAAUAUCCGGUCCAGGCACAGUUCCAGGGGCUGCCCCAACCUAUGAUGCCGGUUGAGCAAUAUCCGGCCCAGCCACAGUUCCAGGAGCUGCCCCAGGUUCCCCCUAUGAUGUCGGUUGAGCAAUAUCCGGUCCAGGCACAGUUCCAGGAGAUGCCCCAACCUAUGAUGCCGGUUGAGCAAUAUCCGGCCCAGCCACAGUUCCAGGAGCUGCCCCAGGUUCCACCUAUGAUGGCGGUUGAGCAAUAUCCGGCCCAGCCACAGUUCCAGGAGCUGCCAGCUAUGACGCCGGUGUACUUCGACCCGGUGCCCAUGGUACAGUUCGCGCCGGAGUAUCCGCAAUACGUUCUACAGCCGGUACCGUUUACCGUUGCUGAUCCGAACGUCGGUUUCUAUCAACCGGACGCUAACGUCCCGAUAACUACAUAUCCAUGCCCGCAACCGACGGCAAUUUUCAUUUAAGCGCCAUGCGCUUCACAAUGCAUCUCAGUAGGAAGGAGGAGGACUAAUACUUAAGGAUAAGAUUUUUGUACUUCAUACUUGCGUUAUCGCCGUACAAAGUUUUCCAAAUAUUUUCAGCAGUUCUAAAUUGAGGUUAUGAGAUAUUUAUUAGGCACAACAGUUCCUUUUUUGUUUUUUUCAUAUAUAUAUUUUUUUAAUAUGUUUGUUUGAUCACUUAUCUGUUAUGGCCAAAGGUUGCUAUAUAAUUGCUGGCAGUAUCUGUCAGACGCAUAUUGUACAACGCUGUCUCGUUCCUUGUUGAUGUUUUAGGUUAGGGGAAUUGAACAUGAUACCAAAUCCGAUUCCAAAUAUUCCACCCCGUCAAACAGGAAAAGCUAGAUUAAGCGCUUGGAUUAGAGAAUUUAUAGAGCGAUUCAUAUACAAUGCUGCAAGGCCUGCCAUAUUGUAGUGCCAGAGAUGGAUUAUUUUUACCAGCGGCUUAUUAUGUACCAAUGUAGCGGCUCUCUUGGUGCGGCACGUCCGUAAAUAAAAGCGAAAAUAAAAUGGAAAACUUAAAUUGCGGUGUUCUUAUUUUGUACGGAGUUUUUUUUCCGGAUAUGGGAUAUGCGCUAUGAAUUUAUAUCUCUCGGUACAGGUUACUUAUUUACUUAUCCGGAUUCGCGGUCUUGGCCGGCUGCAACAGCCCUCGAUACUACGGUCACGGUGCAGCGCCUUCGUCUGCCAAUCCAUUACCAGGACGCGCCAAAGGCCCAAUCACUCCAUCUCAGUUUGGACCUACCAAGCCUCCUCUGUCCGUGUGGACGGCACUUAAAGGACUUAAAGGACAACAGGCUUGGUCGUCCGGUGUCAUAAUCAUGACGUGACCAUCCCACCGGCCGACUGGCGUGUCUUCUCGAGGAGCUCACAGAACUCAUCAUUGUAGCCAAAAAUCAUGCUGAGCAUCUUCCUCUCGAAUGCGACUCGUAUGCGUUUUGGACAGAGUCCUUUAGAGUUGGACAGCUGUCUUUAGACCCACCACCCUACCUAUACCUAUACCUAUCUAUUUAGUGAAAUUUUGGAGGACUUCGAAGGUGCUAUUACAUAUCUGUCCAUUUCCCCUGCGUAAAUCAGUGUUGGUGGUGCCUCGUUAAUCUCCAACCCGAGGUUUAUUGUCGCUCGCUUCAUCCUUUGGUGUAAGCUUCCGCUACAUAGGAGUACCUCAAAUCAAUGGUGCCUACGUCAUCAGCGGAUGCCAGGAUCUGGAUCGACUUAUAGAAGAUGAUCCCCGAAGUUUCCACCUCCGAGUCACGGAUGGCUCUCUCCAGCACCAGAUUGAAAAGAAGAUAGACAAGCCCAUCUCCCUGCGUAAAAUCGGAUCUGCUGUUGCUGGUCGGGUGAUGUAGUAUGAUGGCUAGGGCGGUAUCAAGUUGGCAGGUGGUAAUGGAUGUGGCGGACGGUAAUGUCGACGCCACAGAAGCUGCAAAGUGGAGGAGUGUGUCAGGGAAAGGACUCGUUGGAUGUGGCUGGAAUCGGCUGGAUCAUCCCAGAGUGCAGUGUUGUGCUUGAUAGAGCGAAGUUUUCUGAAGAGUUCGUUUCGGCUGGACGGAGUCUCGGACCUUCGUUGGCCAGCCGAUCGGCUUUCUCGAUUCCGCCGAUUCCAGAAUUGCCCGGAAUCCAACAGAAAACUAUUGCAGGUGAUGAGGAGAUGUCCUCAAGUAGGGAAGAUGAUGUUUGGAAUGUCGGUCUGAAGUCCUUCGUCGGUUCACAGGCCGGCUGACUCCCGACUCAUGAAAUCCCGACCCUCCCGAUCCUGGUCCUGCCGGUGGACGCAACAUAUUCUUCUUCUUUCUUAGCCUGCUCCUAUGAAGCCCGUCUAAAAGACAUUACCUGAUGUUCAAUCCCUUUCCAGGAAACACGGUUCGGCAACAUCCGAUCACCCCCAGGUCUGACUCCACUUGAUCGAGCUAACGAGCUCGCUGUCAUAUCUCCUCUACGCAUCGUGUCGAGACUCCUGGUAGGGCAUGAGUCCAGCAUCUUCAUCUCGUGCCCUAACCAGGCGCUCUGAUGUUCUCGGGACUAGUUCUGGAGGAUCGGCCGUAGAGUGAAGGUCCAACAAAUCCAGCUUGAUAGCUUCCGACGAAAUCUGUAGCAAGGGGCGCAAGUCUGCAGAAGCGUAUGCGGGACAGGAUCUUGUAGGCUUGAUUCAGGACUGUGAUGGCUCGGAAGUUACACUGGGUGAAUGUCACUCAGCUCCCGCUCGUCCGG